AGCGUGAGACAUGUCAAAAGAGUGGCUUUAGGGCGUGAAAGAAAGAAAAAUAAGCCGUAGAAGAGGGCUCUCUCUUGGUGGAGCGUACCCCCCCCCCCCCCAAUAUUUCCUUUGAUACUCCAUUAACAACCCAUUAAAGAUGGAUCGUUACCAGAGAGUAGAGAAGCCGAAAGCAGAGACACCCAUUGACGAGAAUGAGAUUCGGAUUACGAGUCAAGGCCGGAUGCGUAGUUAUAUCACUUAUGCCAUGACUCUGCUCCAGGAAAGGGGCUCGAAUGAAAUAGUCUUUAAGGCAAUGGGAAGAGCCAUCAACAAGACCGUGACUAUUGUGGAGUUAAUUAAGAGAAGAAUUGCCGGUCUACAUCAGAUUACAUCGAUUGGAUCCACGGAUAUAACAGAUAUGUGGGAGCCUUUGGAGGAAGGACUUCUUCCAUUGGAGACCACAAGGCAUGUGUCAAUGAUCACUAUAACCCUUUCAAAAAAAGAACUGAAUACGUCCUCUGUCGGGUAUCAGCCUCCAUUACCAGCUGAUCAGGUGAAGGCAUCCAUAGAAAUUGAUCAGGAAGGAGAGGGCUCACCUAAUGGCCGUGGUAGGGGCCGUGGUGGUAGAGGAAGGCCAAGGAGUAGAGGGAAUGGUUUUGUCUCUGCUGAAUAUGAGGAUGGAGGCUGGGACCGCAAUCGUGGCUAUGCUAGGGGUAGAGGUCGAGGAAGAGGACGUGGUUUCCGUGGCCGUGGACGUGGAGGAUACAAUGGACCUCAGUUUGAUAGGCAGCAAGAUGGAGGGUACAAUUAUGAGGCCCCUCCCCAAGGUGGCCGUGGACGUGGCCGCAGCAGAGGAUAUCGUGGAAGGGGUCGUGGGUUUAGAUCAAAUGGACCGAGCCAGGCAGCUGCAUGAGGUGGUGGCAGUCUAAUGAAAAUGAUGGUGUCGAAUGCAUGUCAAGUUAUAUGUUUAUGAUUUGUUAUGUUGUCCUCUAUUUAUUUUUUUCCUAUGAAGUCAUUACAACCAUUUUAGCUUUAGGGUGUGUUCAAUUUUUCUUCUUUGUUAAUCACUAGCAGUUUAACUUUAGGAAGUGUCCAUGUUUAUCGGUAGUCAUGGUAGACUAGCAUAGUUGCAUCUUGGUUUCUAGUGCAGCUGCCUCACGUCACAGGGGGCAGAUACUCUUCUUUUUUUUUUUUUUUUUUUGGGUUUAUCAUGUAGCCAAGGCUGAUAUGUUUGAACAAUUGUAACUUAUAUUUGACCGAUAAAAUUUUCCUUUAUUAUUU